UUGGAGGCCGCUGUCGGUCGGGGUCGCUAGGGGUGGAGCCGGGAGACCCCUGGGGGCGAGUGGAGGUCGAGCCAUCCCGUCCGAUCCGUGUGCCGGAGGAGAGGGAUUCUAGGAUGGCGGGAGCAACGGAAGGCAGGCCUGGAGGGAGGGAGGCGGGCGUGCUGCUGCGGAGCGGGGGGACGGCCCUUUCUUCUUGCUCCUGCCCGUCAACAUCAUGACACCCCCGCCCUCCUACCGUGGACCCCAGGCCCGCUCACCUCGCGCUAUGGGUGACAGCGAUGACGAGUAUGACCGGAGACGUAGGGACAAGUUCAGGAGAGAGCGCAGCGACUACGACCGUUCUCGGGAAAGAGAUGAAAGGCGUCGAGGGGACGAUUGGAAUGACCGGGAGUGGGACCGCGGCCGCGAACGCCGUAGUCGGGGAGAAUACCGGGACUAUGACAGGAAUCGCCGAGAGCGCUUCUCCCCUCCCCGCCGGGAGCUCAGCCCCCCCCAGAAACGUAUGCGGAGAGACUGGGAUGAGCACAGUUCAGACCCAUACCACAGUGGCUAUGAGAUGCCCUAUGCUGGGGGGGGUGGGGGCCCAACUUAUGGCCCCCCUCAGCCCUGGGGCCACCCAGACGUCCACAUCAUGCAGCAUCAUGUACUGCCUAUCCAGGCCAGACCUCCUGACCGGGCCCCCCCCAGGCUGGGCAGCAUUGCAGAGAUCGACUUGGGAGUGCCGCCACCGGUCAUGAAGAGCUUCAAGGAGUUCCUCCUGUCGCUGGACGACUCUGUGGACGAGACGGAGGCGGUGAAGCGCUACAAUGACUACAAGCUGGACUUCCGGAGGCAGCAGAUGCAGGAUUUUUUUCUGGCUCACAAAGAUGAGGAGUGGUUUCGAUCAAAGUACCACCCAGAUGAGGUCGGGAAGCGUCGGCAGGAGGCCCGAGGGGGCCUGCAAAACCGACUGCGGGUUUUCCUUUCUCUCAUGGAGAGUGGCUGGUUUGAUAAUCUUCUCCUGGACAUAGAGAAAGCAGAUGCCAUUGUGAAGAUGCUGGAUGCAGCUGUGAUUAAAAUGGAAGGAGGCACAGAGAAUGAUCUGCGUAUCCUGGAGCAGGAGGAGGAGGAAGAACAGGCGGGGAAGCCUGGGGACCCUGCCAAGAAAGAGGAGGGCCGGGCUGGGCCAGGGCUGGGGGAUGGUGAGCACAAGGCCAAUGACAAGGAUGGCAAGAACGAAGAUGGCAAACAGGCUGAGAAUGACAGCCCUAAUGAUGAUAAAAUGAAGCAAUCGGAGGGCGACGGGGACAAGGACGAGAAGAAAGAAGACUCUGAGAAAGAUGGCAAAAAGAGCAGCAAGAAGCGGAACCGCAAGCACAGUGGCGCUGACAGCUUUGAUGAGGGCAGCGUGUCCGAGUCUGAGUCCGAGUCCGAGGGUGGACAGGCCGAGGAGGAGAAGGAGGAGGCUGAAGCUCUCAAGGAGAAGGAGAAGCCCAAGGAAGAAGAGAGGGAGAAGCCCAAGGAGGCCCCAGGGCUGGAAUGUAAGCCCCGGCCCUUGCACAAGACCUGCUCCCUCUUCAUGCGCAACAUCGCCCCCAACAUCUCCCGGGCUGAGAUCAUAUCUCUUUGUAAAAGAUAUCCAGGCUUCAUGCGGGUGGCGCUUUCAGAGCCCCAACCGGAGAGGAGAUUUUUCCGACGUGGCUGGGUGACCUUUGACCGAAGUGUGAAUAUCAAGGAGAUCUGCUGGAACCUGCAGAAUAUCCGACUCCGGGAGUGCGAGCUGAGUCCUGGUGUCAACCGAGAUCUGACCCGGCGGGUCCGAAACAUCAACGGCAUCACCCAGCACAAGCAGAUUGUGCGCAACGACAUCAAACUGGCAGCCAAGCUGAUCCACACGCUGGAUGACAGGACCCAGCUCUGGGCCUCGGAGCCAGGGACGCCGCCUCUGUCGGCGAACCUGCCCUCUCAGAACCCAAUCUUGAAGAAUAUCACUGACUACCUGAUUGAGGAGGUGAGCGCUGAGGAGGAGGAGCUGCUAGGGAGCAGUGGGGGGGCGCCCCCGGAAGAGCCUCCAAAAGAAGGGAAUCCGGCUGAGAUCAACGUGGAGCGGGAUGAGAAGCUGAUCAAGGUUCUGGACAAACUUCUCCUCUAUUUGCGCAUCGUACAUUCUCUGGAUUAUUAUAACACAUGCGAGUACCCCAAUGAGGAUGAAAUGCCCAACCGCUGUGGCAUCGUCCAUGUCCGGGGCCCCAUGCCACCCAAUCGCAUCAGUCAUGGUGAAGUGCUCGAGUGGCAGAAGACGUUCGAGGAGAAGCUGACACCCCUGCUGAGUGUGCGAGAGUCACUUUCUGAGGAAGAAGCCCAGAAGAUGGGUCGCAAAGACCCUGAGCAGGAAGUGGAAAAAUUUGUCACCUCAAACACCCAGGAACUGGGCAAGGAGAAGUGGCUCUGCCCCCUGAGUGGCAAGAAAUUCAAGGGCCCCGAGUUUGUGCGCAAGCAUAUCUUUAACAAACACGCAGAGAAAAUCGAAGAAGUGAAGAAGGAGGUGGCCUUUUUUAACAAUUUCCUCACUGAUGCCAAGCGUCCGGCUCUGCCCGAGAUUAAGCCAGCGCAGCCACCAGGCCCUGCCCAGAUAAUUCAUGUUCCUGUCCGUGUUGUACUCCCCCCAGGCCUGACUCCGGGACUCCCCUACCCACACCAGACGCCCCAAGGCCUGAUGCCCUAUGGUCAGCCUCGGCCCCCCAUCCUAGGCUAUGGAGCUGGUGCUGUCCGCCCUGCAGUCCCCACAGGAGGACCUCCUUACCCCCACGUUCCAUAUGGUGCUGGCCGAGGGAAUUAUGAUGCCUUUCGAGGCCAAGGGGGUUACCCUGGGAAACCCCGCAACAGGAUGGUUCGUGGAGACCCACGGGCCAUUGUGGAGUACCGGGACUUGGAUGCCCCAGACGAUGUGGAUUUCUUCUGAACCAUCCAUGUGCGUCUCUGUUCCUUUGUGACUGCCCUGUCCAUACAGCUGAGAGUUUUUUGUACAUCCAACCCUCCUGCCAAUAAAAGCGCCUCUCCUCUA